AUGGAGUGUCUGUCUUCUAUUCUCUCACCAACCGCGGUGAAAUUCUCUUAUCCAAUGCUUGCUUCAAUGGCUGCCUCUGCAGCUACUGUUCCUUCUUUCUCAUUGAAGUCCAUGGCCUCUGGACAGCGAAGAACAGCUACUUCAAAACACUCGGCAAAACCCACUAAAACCCUCUCUGCAACAACAGCAACAAACCCAGUUUCUAGUACAACCAGCACAAGCACAGCCACAUCGCUACCUCCCAAGAAGGUUCUGGUUCCAAUUGGGUUGGGGACAGAAGAAAUGGAAGCUGUCAUUAUAGUUGAUGUUCUGCGCCGAGCUGGUGCUGAUGUCACUAUGGCCUCGGUGGAGCCACAGCUCCAAAUUGAAGCUUCUUGUGGUACUAAAUUGGUUGCUGAUACCUCCAUUUCCGCAUGUUCCGAUCAAAUUUUUGAUCUUGUGGCUUUGCCGGGAGGAAUGCCUGGCUCGGUGAGGUUAAGAGACUGCGCAGCACUGCAGAAAAUUACAAGCAAACAGGCUGAGGAAAGGAGGUUAUAUGGAGCUAUAUGUGCUGCUCCAGCAGUAACACUUCUACCAUGGGGUCUUCUAAGGAGAAGGCAGACUACAUGCCACCCUGCAUUCAUGCACAAGCUUCCAACGUUCUGGGCAGUCAAAUCAAACAUUCAAGUUUCAGAAGGGCUCACAACAAGCCGUGGCCCUGGAACUUCUUAUGUGUUUGCCCUAUGCCUAGUUGAACAGCUAUUUGGGGAAUCUGUUGCCAAGGGAAUUGGAGAAUCAUUGUUGGUGUGCCUCGAUGAUGAUAACUCUAGAAAGGAAGAGUUCAACAAAGUUGAGUGGUCUUUUGAUCACAUCCCUCGCGUUCUGAUUCCAGUUGCAAAUGGUUCUGAGGAGAUUGAAGUAGUAACUAUUGUAGAUAUUCUACGACGAGCAAAGGUCGAUGUAGUAGUUGCUUCAGUUGAAAAAUCUGUGCAGAUUUUGGCAUCUCAAGGCACCAAAAUCAUUGCUGACAAGUUGAUUGGUGUUGCUGCAGAGUUAACUUAUGAUUUAAUCAUUCUUCCGGGAGGAACUGCUGGUGCUGAGCGGUUAAACAAAUCUAGGAUUCUAAAGAACCUCCUCAAAGAACAAGAACUAGCUGGAAGAAUAUACGGAGCAGUCUGUUCCUCACCAGGAAUCCUACAUAGACAAGGCUUACUGAAGGGUAAGAAAGCCACUGCUCACCCUUCCAUUGUAAGCAAGCUGACAAAUGAAGUGGUAAAUGGCACCAAAGUAGUGAUUGAUGGGCAAGAAGUGUUGCAGAAGGCCUUGUUUAUGAGUACCCGAGGAGUUAAGAUGAUCCGGACUCAGAGCCAAGUCCUUGCAGAUGGAAUGCAAUCUUCAUCCCCUAGCCAUGAAGAGUAUAGACUGUUAGAUCACAUUAGCCUAUGGAAGCAGAAUUUUCAUACCAAACAGUUUUGGAAAAUGGAUGUUCGAAAGUAUUGA